AAACACCUUUAAUACAAACUGUCAAAAACUUUCGAAAGUUAAACCGUUGUGGCUUAAAAUAUUUUGUUUCUGAUUAAAUUUUUAUAAUUUUAAUACAAUCUUAAUGUACAGAAACAUGAUGGAUCAACGUUAUUCGGACAACGAAACGUCUAAGAGGGACAUACCGUCUUUCAUUGAGCCUAGACCACCGCUCAUACGAAAUCCAUUCAUGAGACCUAAGCCACAAAAGGGUACAAAUUUACUUGAACUUUUUGAAGAAGACUCUGAAAUAGAAGAGCCUGAACUAGUGAAAGUGUAUCUUCGGAUGAAGCCAUGUAAUGAACCAAAUUAUAUUUACGAAGUGCGAUCAGAUAAAAGUUUAGUAACAUCGCUUGACACUACCACGGCAGGCCACGGAAGGCGCACUCAACAUAAUGUGUCUAAAAUGUAUACGUUUUCCCGUAUAUUUGGAGCGGAGUGUACACAGAAAGAAAUUUUUGAAGAGGUUGUGAAAGAAAACCUUAAGAAGCUACCAGAUGGUCACAAUUUCACACUUCUCACUUACGGUGCGUCAGGCUCUGGAAAGACAUACACAUUAAUGGGCACUGUUGGAGCUCCAGGCUUGGUGCCAAGAUCUCUGGAGUAUGUGUUCAAAUUGGUUGAUGCAGCUCAGCACCCUUUGUACAGACCGGCUGAUGGUGGUGCAGAGAAACUCAGUUAUGCUGAGCAGGAGUAUGAACUGCAGUGGGUCAAAAGAUUGCGUCACGUUUCGGCUCCUCUUCGUGACAAGUACCGUCGUAUGAGUAGUCAGCUUCAAAGAGACUUAACCACCAGUACAAUUGAUUUAUCUAAUAAAACAAAAUAUUACGUUUGGGUAUCAUUCGUUGAAAUAUACAAUGAAGCCAUAUAUGACUUGCUGUCGCCUCCAGAGAAGAGAACUAAACUUCGCAUAAGAGAAGAUUCUUCCGGGAAUGUAUACGUAAAGGGUGCAACUCAAGCAUUUGUCCGUUCCGGUGAGGAAGCUUACGAUAUAAUGGUGGCUGGUAAACACAACCUUGUAGUCGCGGCCACUGGAGUACAUGCACACUCUUCAAGGUCACACUGCAUCUUCACCAUCACUAUGGUAACGGAAACUGAGGGCACGGGUCGCUGGGCCAGCGUGCGGCUGUGCGACCUGGCGGGCAGCGAGCGCGCGCGCGCCACCCGCAACACGGGCGCCCGCAUGCAGGAGUCGCGCGCCAUCAACGCGUCGCUGCACGUGCUCGAGCGCUGUCUGCACACGCUGCGACGCAAGCAGCGCUGCGCCCGCGACGCGCUCGUGCCCUACAGGGAAUCAAAGCUGACCCGGCUGCUGGGGUCUGGACUGUCCGGGUGUCGCGGCGAGGCGGUAAGCAUGGUGGUGACCCUCAACCCGGCCCCGGAGUACGCUCACGAGACCAAGCACGUCCUGUCGCUGGCCGCCGUCGCACAGGACAUACAGGUCAACAACACUGUGCUGACCACCACCUUCGAGACCAGCGCACAGGACAGCACCCUGGACAGCGGAGCCGAACUGAUGAGGCUGCGGACCGAGAAUGAGAGACUGCACUUCGAACUAAUACAAGCACACGCCCGCAACAGAGAGCUGAUGGCCUCGAUGGAGGCACACCAACAGGAGACUGCGCAGACCAUGAAGGAGCUGGUGGACGAGGCCAAGGACUUGACCAAGCAGUUCUACGAGGAGCAGCUGCGGGCGCUGCGGGCGCAGAUGGACGAGAUGGCGGAGGAAUAUGAGAACAAUCUCGAGAAGGUCGCAGCGCCACCUAACGUAUCUCCACUCCUACAAAAUAAGAUAACCGAGCUGAUGACAGAAAUUGCUGUUUUGGAGGAAAAAUUACUUGAAGAGCAGCUGGCACGAGCUCGGGCACAGAACGAAGUGGAACAUCUCCGCAGCUGUAUAGACGAGAGAGACGAAAAAGCAUUCAAAGACAAUGCCUCAGCGGACAACGAAGAUGUUAUGUCUGUCGCUGACAGCGAACCUGACAGCGAAGAGGAGGUCGACCCUCUCGACCAGAGCCUCGAGCCGACCUUCAGAAAGGAUAACUUGAGUAAAUCGCAGCUCGGUCCAAGAGAACCUGCUCGCAUUGCACUCCCAGGCCCGGACCACACCUUGGACACAUCUGAGGAUCAGACUUGUGAUGACUCCAUUCAACACUCAUUGCUGCCUAUUACAGAGGUAGAGUUCACUGAACAUAACACUGUGAAAACGAAUCCAGAAGAAUGUACAGAAGACACUGCAUUGGAUGUCACCGAGCGCACAGAAGGGUCAGUGUUAAGUUCUGCCAGUGUUGUUGACGGCGCAGGAGAUGUGAGCGCUGCAGAUUUAUCAACGGAAAAUCCUAUUGAUGUUAGUUUUAAUGCGGAAAACACUAACAAGAUUAAUGAAUUCAGAGGCUCGUACCGCGACGGACGCGAGGAUCGAACUAUCGAAAAUAAAAUCAAUACAGACGACAGUAUGGACGUUACGAAUGAAGAGAAAGAAGAUGUUAUAGAAACAGAGCAGCGGAAAGAUGUUUUAGAGUUCAAAGUUCCCAAAGAGACUUUGGUCAAUCAGACCAUAAGGUCGCUCAAAUCUAAAGGCAGCGAUAGCUCCCUGGCGCAGUUCGAGCGGAUAGAAAUGGCGACCAAAACUGAGGAACCCCUCGCCGCCCCCCUCGCUUCCCCCCGCGCCGACCUCGGCUUCAAUAUCCUCAAGGAGAAACGGAACUACUUUGAUGAUGUUAAAUCUGAACAAAAUACAAUAGAACAAGAUAAAGGUAAUAAGGUUCCGUUUAACGAUAACGCACCGAGCAUGUUACUAAACAAACAAACUGUAGUCGAAUUGAAAAAGUCGUAUUUUGAAGAUAACGCUCUGGACGCGGCCACAUUAGAUGUUGUUAAUACAGGCAAAGAAAAAAGAACAUAUUUUGACAACAUAUCUGUCAAAGUUGACAACAAUUUAGCACAUAAGAAGAUCAGUGAGCUGCUUAAACUAGAAGAAAGGUCCCCGUCUAUAGUGAAAGAAGAGUUUAUAGAGGAUUUUAAUAGACCAAGUACCAUGAAGAAGUUGAUGUGUAAAAAUCUAUCCAAACCGAUUGAUGCGGUCAUGUCGACCCACAAAAAGAAACACGACUCCGUUGAUAUAUUUGAAGGGUUUGAUUCGCCAGCAGCCCCCGCCGCGUCCCCCGCGGGGAUCCGUGCUGCAAGGGUCUCGCCGGGACUGACCUCAUCAACCGAACACGAAAUAAACAUUAAACUAGAACCGCAACUGUCGAAGGACGAGCCUGGCGACAGUAGCGUACACGACAAACCCGCGGCUGACGUCAUCAUCACACUCACCAGAGAUACAGACGCCGUCCCAGCGGACAACACUAUCGACGAGUUCGAGAACCUGUACAAAGAUGUGUCGACGUCUCGAGCUGCGGAGUUUGAGACGCUGGUCUCACACAACGCGAGCAGGGAGACCGGGGACCACAACACUAGCGGCGCCGCCGCGGACGACGCGGAGACAGACCUCAAAUCGAAUCUAUCAGAAUUCGAACGAGUAAAAUAUAAUCUGCGGAGUAAACCAAUAGAUACAAAAAAAGAGAAAAGUGUCAAAAUAAUAGAUGAAAGCGAAGAGAAGUCUGAAAUCAAAACUAGGCCGAGACGAGCGAGGCGGCGCGCGCCCGACGCCGCCCCCCCGACCCUCGCCGACAUCGGGAACCUGCACGAGUACCCCGACGUGACGCCAGCCGGGACCGGCGGGGGGGCGGGGGGACCACACGUCCCGUCCCCAGAGAAGGAAUCGGAAGAAAAUCUGCCCCCCAUGCUCGGGGUUCAAAGCUGCCCUUCGAAAAGCAUAACUCGAAGUCGUCGGAAGCUGUUCACUCCGCGCGCUGAGCCGCUGGACGAGUCGGCGGGCGCGCCCGGGGACAGCAGCGAGCGCCCGCACGUCCCGCGCCCCUCCUACCACCGCCCGCGUGCGCGCCGCAAGCUGUGAGCAGCGCCUCGGCUUUACUAACCACUAACUCUACACAUGACCAUAAACUAUUCUAUGAUACAGUCUCACGUUUCUUUUUUAAUUUUCGAUAUUUCAAAUACUUAUUUACUUAACGGGGAAUUUAUACGUAUUUAUUUAAUUCUUAACAUGGCAAAAAAAUUAUGACAACUAAACCACAUAAAGACACGAUAUUCAAUAUCAGUAGAACUGUGUUCAGAGUCAGAUCUUCACAAUUGACAGUCAUUGUCGGUCUUGACAAUUAGGAAUCUAUUCAUAUGUAUUUUCUGUGAUGGCAACACCUCUAUUUAUAUUUUUAAUAUGGAGGGUAGAGGUAAGGAGAACCGUCUCUGUGUGUGAAAAAGUGUCCGUUAGAAUCUGCUAAAUAAGGGUGGCGCUAAAGUACCAACCGGGUGAAUUUAAAAAAAGGCGCUGAAAGUUAUUAGAAUAAGAUAGAGAAAUAAAAAAGGACGUAAGAACUAUAAGCAAUAAUAAUAAUAAAUUACAUGUGUGCAAUUCACACGUGGUAGAAGUGAAACCUUCCAAAAUUAAAAUACAAUUAUCCUAAACGUCUUAAGUAUAUGUAAAAUUUUGUCAUUAGUAAAUAAUUGUAAGGUAGCGCCCUCUGUGAAUUGAUAUUUUAAUUUCACGUAUAAUCAUAAAUUAAAAUUCACUACAAGAGCUUUCAUACACACGUUAGUAUUAAAAAAUCUCACAGAUGGCGCUGUAUUAAAUAGUAUGUAUAUUUCUGUCUCGUUCUUUGCUGGCUUCAUCCUACACAUUUUUGUAUUUGUGUCUCUUACCUGUCGUUUUUUCCGUUGCAUCCGGUUUGAAAUCACAACGAUUCUAAAGAAGUUUUCACUUCAAAAAAUCACAAAAAUUAUUUAAAGUUACUGGCAAUAGUCACUAUAAGAAAAUGAAAAAACAACAAAGAAAACUAACGAAUUUCGUGUUAUGUGGAUACUUAUCGAAAAACUGAUUCAAUAAUGUUGGAUUACCUUUCUGGAUUGAUUUUUGACUCACAUGGCUUGUGGCUCUUUAGUUAUUGAACGAUUAUACUUAAUGUUCAGUGACGUAAUUUUCUUAUUUAUUUUUUUAUUUUUCCCUUAAACACAUGGAUUUUAGGGAGAAAAAAAAUACGAUUUACCCAUUUAAUUGGGAAAUUCAUUAAACAAUCAUAAAUAAAUUAAAUUUGCACAGAACAAUGACUGAGGGCUUACGAAUAAUACUUUAUCAAGAAAAUUUACGAGCCGAUAUAUGAGUAGACUAUUAUCAAAGCCGGCAAUGUAACUUUUGGAUAAUUAUUGGUAAAUCAGAAAAACGAAUUAUUGACUUUGUAUUCCAUUGGCAGUCACAAAACUCUUCUGAACGACAUCUUAGAUAAAUAACAGGCUAAGUAUUAACCUUUAUUUAAUGCAGGUUUUGAACCGUAUUCUUUGAAGGAGGCGAUUAUAUUCAAAUCAAUCUGUAUUGAAAUAUCAAUAAUUUUUUUUUGUCCAAAUGCACAGAUUGCCACCUUUGAUAAUAGACGACUCAUAUAUUUAUAUGAAGUAACGUGCGUGCUGAGCAAUUGGAAUAAACUUGACCUAUAAAACAAUUAUUUGUUAUUAAUUAUGUAAUUUAGAAUUAUCUCGCACUGUUUUUCUUCUGAAGACACUAAUGAGACAGUAAUAAUGUAAAAUAGAAUAUUAAAACUAAUGAUGAUAUUAAAGAUGUAAUGUUACUUGUUAA